UAUCUCACUUCGCAUAAAGUACGUGUGAAAUGUAGUGUGUGGUAUGUGGCACAGUUAAUUGCAAAUGUUUGAGAGGGGCUGUUUCCCGUUCACGAAUCCACACAUCAUCCUUUCCUGUGCUAAUGGCGUACAUCAUGUCGUCAAGAAGAAAGAGCUAAACUAAUGAACAAUAAAGUUAUUGGAAGUAAGAGUCAUACCGUUACAAACAAGCUGCACGCACGCGGUGAAAAACGGUGAAAAACACUGGGGAGCGAACAUAGAAUUAGAAUUUGUCGAUUUUUCCCUGUGCCCUCGGGGUUGGAGGCCACACACUUGCGAAUCAUUCUGAGUAAAAAGAUCGCACCAGCAACCAGUUCGUGGCAGCAGCCAAAGUCUUCCUUACCAUGGAGGAAGCACCUGUGGUAGAUUGCCCUCCAACACCGGAAAUAUUACCACUGUCGAGCACACCACCGCCACGGUCCGAUGUAUUGUGCAGUUCAUCGUCUGAGGAAGGAGAUGAGCCUACAGAUGGACGUCGCUCGCCACCACCGAAAUGUGCAAUCUGUCUAGGAAAAUGUCGCCAGCGGGCGUACACCAACUCCUGCAAGCAUCAGUUUUGCUUCCGCUGUCUGCUUGAAUGGAGCAAGGUCAAACCGGAAUGUCCAUUGUGCAAGCAACGUUUUUUCUCGAUCGUUUACUAUAAAUCAAUCGACUGUUUCGAACAGCACACGGUUGCGGUUCCAGCCGCAAACGUGUCCAGAGUAAGCACCCGGAAUAUGUAUCACGAUCUGAGCCUAUUUCUCAGCAACUCACAGCGCUUCACCUCAUACACAAUACCAAAUAUGACGCUGCGCCUGCAGUCGAAUAAUGAACGGCUCCAGGAGCUACUGCUGCAUGAAUCCAGCGAGGUUGAUCGCUUUAUACGCGAGUAUGGUAAUCAACCGAUCCCAACGCGACAGGAUGAGCUCCGUUGGCGGCAGUUCAUCUAUACGAACAGACUGUACGCGUGUCCAUUACCCGAUCUAAACGGCCGUUUUCGGGAGACGUCUGCUACAUUUUACAGAGAGAAUCCGGCCCAAAUGCAUCGAAUUCUCUCCUGGAUGCACCGAGAUUUACUCGUGCUGAGUACAAACAUGACCAUUCGCGCGCCCAAUAUGGGCGUGCUGGAGGAUCUGCUGCAAAUGCACGAUGUCGACUCACGCGAAUUUCUGCUUCGCAUGCUGCGACACAUGCCGUUGGAAGAUGGUGAACACUUUCAGCACGAGUGUGUCAACUUUGCACGAUCGCCGUACGAUAUGAUUGGGUAUGAUCGAUGCGUCCAGUACAAUCCACGCUUCAUACAGCGCCGCAGCCAAGUUAUAAUUUCCUCAUCCGAGGAGGACAAUGACGAUAUCGUGUAUUUGCCCGAACCAGCGGCAGGCACCUCGUCGAACAAUGAGGCACCAGUCGUCGAAGGAAGUGCUGGUGGCGAAGGAGUAAGCAACGACGGCAGUGCGGCAAGCGGUGGAGUAACGGGGACAGGCAGUAAUUCCACCGCUACUUCCGGCACACUCAAUGGCCGAAUUGGAAGGAAUGUAGUUAACAACGAGUUCAACUUGUUGAUCGAUAGUGUCGGUAAUAUAGCGGAUCGUCCGGUCGCUAUGGCCGGCUCGUUGCCCCGAGUUCCGUUGACCUCUACGAUUGAGGCAAGUGAAAACAUUUCGCUAUCGUCAAGCGAUUCCGAUGACUGUCAGUUUGUGAUGGCACAGAAGCCGCCACAUUUGCGCACACCGGACCAUGUGGUCGAUCUGGAAUCGGCCAGCGAUAGUGAUGUGGUGUUCGUCGCGGAAGAACCUGUAGAAACCCGAGCCACGAUUCGUACGACGAAACAACAGCAGCAGGCUAAUUCUUUGAAAAAGGAGACAGCGGGAAUUCAGGAGUACAAUAAUGGUGCCUCGACCAGUUCGGGCUACUGUGGUGGUGGUAAUGGCGGUGGAGCAAGCAGCGGAAGUGUGGCGAGCGGUAGCGCUUUACGAUCAAAGUAUUACGUACGGCCACGAUCAAUCAGGUACUCGGGCGGAAUAGGAGUGAAGAGCAUCUACGAGCCAAGUGAUACGGAUGACAGCGAUAGUGACACGCUAUUUAACUUACCGCAAGGAAGGCGCACAAUGUCCAACACUGCCAGCGAUUCGUCCUCGCACGAGGAGAUAGAUUUUGGCAGCGGGCAACGAAACCGGAGAAGACUAAACAAAAAGACCUCUACCACAAUACCAAAGGGUUCCAAGAGAGCCUCAAGGAAACGGCGCAAUAGCAGCCCCAGCAGUCAAGAUUGUAGUGCAAGCAGUAGUAGUGAUGAGGACAGUAAUAGCGACUCCAGUCACUCUAGUUGUUCUAGCAGCAGUAGUAAUAGCAGCAGCAGCAGCAGCAGCAGUAGCAGCAGCAGUGGUAGCACCUCCAGCAGUUAUCCUUACGGAGGCAGUGGUACCACGUAUCACAAAAACGUGCAAGUGGAAAUCGAAUGCGGGCGGCAAUUGCGGCAUAACACGGCGGCCCAGCAGAGCCGUACGAUCUACUCCACACGUUCUAAGCCGGCCCAGACCGAUUCCAAGGGUCGGUUGAAAAAGAAGCGAAGCAGAAGAACGAUCGAAAAGGAAUCAAAACAUGCCAAGGAAAAGGUUGCAACAACUGUUUCGAAAUCAAAGUCGCGUCGUACGAAGUCUAAAAAGAAGUCCCAAUCAUCUUCCCGGGCCGUUCGGGACGUUAAGAAAGGAUCACGCACGAAAUCUAAAUCGCGUAACCGUGGUGUAACAGCACGCAGCAACAAGGGUAAAAAACGUACCAAAUCAUCAUUCAAUCCCGAAGAUGACCCGUCACGGUCGACCCCACUGCUAGAUGAAGAUAUUCACGAGGAGAAUGCAUCCACGGGAGCGCACUACGUUAUUGCAUCCCGACCAUCAGUGUCUCCCACAGUGGAUGUAACAUCUGUCGACGGGACGGAGUGUAGGGAGCGCAAGCUGAAGAGUGUUAUCAUAAAACGUUGCCAUUACAAUAAAUCGGCCGGGAAUCGACUGAACGAAGCGAUGAAUGUUGAUGAAGGAAUGCAGUCUGGUUCGGGUGCACCUACGGCGGUCCUGCCAAACGCUGUGGAACCAAGCACCUCUAAUUCGCUACAGGGAGAAGAAAGAGUUCCAGAAGGUGUGAAUUUAGAAAAGAAGGAACCGAUAGAGGUGACGGAUAUGCUGAAAUGCGAACCAGCGGCCAAUGAUGUGCAACUAUCGUUUUCCUCCGAUUCAUCAAGCGGAUCGGAACCGGAAGCACCUAGUGCUACCGAUUGGGCAGACAGCAGAAUGUAUUCGGCAGUCGCCAGUUUAGUGCAAAUGCAUCGAAACGCAUUGUUCCAUCCAACAUCAUUGGAUCAGCAGCAGCAACAACAGCAGCAGCAGCAGCAGCAGCAACAGCACCAGGUACAGCACAACCAACAACACGCUCAACAACAUUGGCAGCAACCAGAAGCAUUCAUGCAGGAACAGCUUCAACUACCGAUAACUGACAACGAUCAACAUCCCCAAACACUAGGAAGCAACGAUGUGAUGUUACACACCGAAGAAAGCACCACCGUUGCAUCGGAAUCUAUCUUCGGCUCAAACUGGGCCGAAACCGGUCGUCCAAUACUGCCCGAAGAUCGUGCGUUGUCAUCAGCAGCUGCGUCCCCAUUUUCGUCGAUAUCAUUCCCACCGUCCACAACGUCUGUUUCACCGCCACCGUCAAUGUCAUCGCCACUGCAGCUGAUCGAAAGUCUAGGUACGAUGCAUGGCGAUUCUCCAAUGCUCUCGUCCGUCCUAGGCAUUGAUGCGAUCGAUAGCACUAUGGACGAAAUCAUGGCAACGGAGGUAAUUGGCGCGUCGGCCACGAUAGCCGAGCCUCCGAUUGGUAUGGACCAGGAAACUGUGGAAGGAUCCGCCAUUCUCUGCGAAUUAGAGCCAACAACGAGCGAUGCAGUACCCGCGGUACAGCUGCAGCUGUGAGACUUACUGCGAGUUAUCGAUUUUAUCGAUUGAUUGUAACUCAGGACAAGCGACAAUGCUGUUUUAGGCACCUUGUGUUGUUUCGUGUGGAUUCUGAGAGACGGAAUUAUUUGUAUAUUGGCAAAAAAACUAGACUUCAUCUUUUAUUACAUGAUAUAAGCUUGUAAAGUUCUUCAUAGAAAAAAUCAUAUAAAGUGAUUUCCAUACCAAUCUCUCGGCGGGUACAUUGCGUGGCUGGUUUAUCUCUAAGUAAAAUCAAAACCAUCCGCCGGCCAGCAUCGGCUAUUUGCCUAAGCACGCGUUAUGGAGCAUAACGCUUCAAUACUACCACAUCUCCAGUGAACCAUCGGGCAAUGGUCCAUUCGGGGAAUGCAUAUUUCUAAGCAUCAGUAGAGCUAAAGGAUAAUUUAGAUUAAGGAGCAAUGUGUAAAGCAAGUACACGAACGACUACUUCCCGUCUCCAGGUCCACUACACUAACCGAACUGCCCAAAGCAGGAGGAUGCCGUAAUUGUAUAAAACAAGUAAUUGUAAUCGUUGCAUGUACAUACGUUUAAUAUAACGAGUGAACUGUUCGAUUACUUAGCAACAGUUCCGGUAAUAAGUGCAGAUACAUGAAUAGGAACAAAUAACGGUGCUUCUGGCACAUAUAUACUGCACGGGACAUUAUCGUAGGACAUGAGAUCACAUCGACAGCACAGCUCAGGAGCAAUUGUAGUAAACGAAGAAACAAAUCAUUUGAAUGGUAAACACAAAAAGUAGUUCCAAGGGACACAGAAGGUACCAUAACGUAAGCGCAAAUCUUGUGGCGAUUUGUGCGAAUUUGUAUUUUCCAAUUUCAAAAUGACCGUUUCUAUUUGAUUAUAAUAAAAGAUGAUAAUGUA